AUGAGAUCUCAACGCCUAUUAAGUCACUCUAUCGCCAUCCCCGGCAACCUCCCCCCGGCGGUCCUCAUCACUAGCGUCCAAUCCUUCAUCCCCUUCCUCAGCAACCACAAGACUAUGACCCGCUAUAGCGAAAACACCCCCUAUCCCGAAGCGAUCGCCAACGACCCUUUCUUCGACCCCCCCUGGGACGACUCCAUCCGUUUCUUCCAGGUCACCGAGCUUGUCACCCUCGCACCGGGCAUCAGCAAGGAGGUCACCUAUCAGGUCGUCUUUCAACGCAUUCCCGACGGCAUGCGCUCACGUGCCGAGGCCCCGGCUGGCGUUGUCAUCCGCGCCGAAUACACCGUCCGGCCCCGCCCAGGGCCCACGUCCCCCGCCGGAUCUGACAGCACCGGCAGCACGGCAACCGCCGUGGGAGACGAAUACGAGAUCCAUGAGGAUGUCGCCGUCGAAUCCAACUCUCUUAUGAUGCCCUUCAUUGUUGGGUCUGUAGUAACAGCUCAUCAAGCUAUCUGCAACGGCGUCAUUGACGAAGUGUGCAAGAGUUACUUUGGCACUGGAGACCAGUAA